AUGAACCAGACUCUGUAUUUCAUUCUUCUUCUCAUUGCUCUCUGCUCCGUAUCUGAAUGUGUUCAGCGUCAGUAUCACUUUAUAAAUGAGAAGAAGACCUGGACUGAAGCUCAGAGAUACUGCAGAGAGAAAUACACAGAUCUGGCCACCGCUGACAACAUGAACGACACAAACGAGCUGAAGAAGAGUGUGAAUGAUGGAAGUGUUCAGGAUAUCUGGAUUGGGCUGCAGAAGACGGGUCGUGAUGAAUGGCACUGGUCUUCAGGUGAACCUGUGCUCUAUCUGAACUGGGGACAUAAACAACCAAAUCUUGGUGCAGAAGAAUGCGUUAUUAUGUCAAAUGGACAAUGGCAUGAUGUGAUAUGUAGCAUGCCCCUAACUUUUAUUUGCAAUUCCUCCAAUAACAAACUUGUCUUUGUCAAUCAGGCGAUGAACUGGAGAAACGCUCAGAGUUACUGCAGACAGAAUCACAUUGAUCUGGUCAGUGUGAGGAACCAGAACGAGAAUCAACAGGUUCAGCAGUUCAUUAGUGAUAAUCAUUCAUCUGGAUCACAGAUCUGGAUUGGUCUGUUCAGAGGCUCAUGGCAGUGGUCAGAUCAGAGUGACUCUUCAUUCAGAGACUGGAACACUGGUGAACCUAAUAAUUGGGGAGGAAAUGAAAACUGUGCAGCUCUUAAUGCUCAGAGAAAAUGGUUUGACGUCUCUUGCACCAAUCAAUAUCCUUUUGUGUGUUAUGAAGAUAAACUUAUUGUGAUCCGAGAGAAUGUGACGUGGUCUGAAGCUCUGAGAUACUGCAGACAGAAUCAUGUGGAUCUGGUCUCGGUUCAUUCAGAAGAGAUGCAGCGUCGUGUGAUGAACGUGGUUAAACUGGCGUCUACUGCGGAGGUGUGGUUGGGUUUACGUCACUCCUGUAUUUUGGGCAUCUGGUUCUGGGUGAGUGGAGAUACCGUGUGCUAUCAGAACUGGGCUCCAGGGAACGGCACAUCAGAGGAGGACUGUGAACACACAGUGAGAUCUGGAGCAGUUCAGUCUGGAGGAGAUCAGCGCUGGAUCAGUCUUCCUGAGACUCACAAACUCAACUUCAUCUGCACAACUUAUGAAGAGUGAAAGGAAACACAGAACUUCCAUGUGAGAUAUAAAAUGCCUGUGUUGCUUUAACUUCAUUAAUCACUUUGUAAAGCAAUACUUGUACAUAUAAUAUGGUCUAACUCAGCAGGCAAUCACAUGUUGAGGUUAAAGGCAGAAAUCUUUUGCUCAUAUGUUUGUUAAUAUAGUUUAAACAGUUUAAAACAAUAACUUUAAUUGACUGCUCUGUAAUUUGAUUGAAUUGUUCUUAUGAGGGUCUGUUUUUUGCAGGUGGGUGAAUUUCUGUUGAUGUUUCAAUGUGAUUCCUGUGGGUUUGUUUGCUUAAUAUUAAGAGCCUCA